AAUUAUAGUCCGAUCAUGUGUCCGAGUAUGUCCUGACCAUUCGUAUUCAUAGAUAAUUCCAAAAUGUUUAUGAUAGCGAUAAAGUUAAAUACUUCCAUAAUUGAGAAUUGAGCACUUUGUUUGAAGUCGUGGUCGUUUGCGAAGUUAUCUCUAAAAAAUGGCUGCGAGAUACCGAGAUGUUGGUACGAAGGUAUAUAUUGGUGACCUCCCUAGAGAGGCAUCUGAACGAGAACUAGAACGCAUAUUCCGGGAGUACGGAAGGUUGCGUAACGUUUGGGUUGCGAGAAAUCCACCUGGUUUUGCUUUUGUUGAAUUCGAAGAUGCUGCAGAUGCCAGUGAUGCGGUGCGUGAACUCGACGGAACAGUCAUGUGUGGUGUCCGCGCCCGUGUUGAACUGAGCACUGGAAAGUCGCGACAGAAGCCGUGGGUACGUGGAGGUGGUGGUGCUCGUAAUGGUGGAGGACGUGACAAUGGAGUUGGUUCUCGCCGUAUGAAACCGUUUGACCCAACAGAUCGGUGUUACGAGUGUGGAGAACGCGGACAUUAUGCCUACGAUUGUCGUCGUCGGAGUGGUGGGCCGGGUGGUCCAAAUGGACGCAGCAGGCCUGAAGGCCGAAGAAGGUCGAGAUCUGUGUCAAACCAUAGGAGUUUCUCCCGAAGUCGCAGUCGUUAAUGUAAAUGAGGUUCGCAGGUUUACAAUGCAUUUCACUUCAAGUCCAAAAACGUCCAGGUCGCAUCAUACCGUUUUCUAUCCAUAAUAUAAUUAAUACUCAUUACGUCCUUUAGUUUUUUGGAUAUCGUCUGUUAAUUUGUCUUGAAAUUCAGAAGUUAGAUACUUAGUCUACUUGUAGGAAAACUGAGUCUUUUUGAGGCAAGUAAACAAUCUUACGCCUUAGUGGGUUCAUCAAAUGUUCAGGCUUCAAGCAAUAAAGCAGGCUUAAUGAGGUCAUUAUAAAGUACUGGAUUGUCCCGCUAGAUACUCC